CUCUCUCUGCAAUUUCUUUGAUCUUUCCUAGUAGGUUCCCGAGAAACACGAACGGAAGCAAGGGCAAACCUAGGGGCUAAGUUUCCACUUUCUAUCUCCCUAAUUUUUUCUCCGCAACCAACGAAGUUUUGGACUUCAAUAAAUCUUUGUUUCUAGUUCCUCCUAAGAUCUUCGCCGUCAAUUCGCGUUCGCUUUUCUUAAGAUACACCGAGUGAAGGCGAGGCACUUCUGAAUCACUGAAAAUGGUUUCGUUCGAGAUGAAUGACCGAAAGAAGAUUGGACUAGGAUUGACAGGAUUUGGCGUAUUUUUCUCAUUCCUUGGAAUUAUCUUCUUUUUUGACAAGGGAUUACUUGCCAUGGGAAAUAUACUCUUCUUCUCAGGGGUGACUUUGACCAUUGGACUGAAGUCUACGAUGCAAUUUUUCAUGAAACGGCAAAACUUCAAGGGAACAAUUUCAUUUGGUGUUGGCUUCUUCUUAGUUGUCAUAGGAUGGCCUAUUUUGGGCAUGAUUUUGGAGGCAUAUGGGUUCAUUGUACUCUUUAGUGGCUUCUGGCCGACACUAGCAGUUUUCCUGCAAAAGAUUCCUGUUCUUGGUUGGUUCAUCCAACAGCCAUAUGUCAGAUCGUUCUUUGAUCGGUAUCGGGGCAGACGGGUACCUGUAUAAGCCAGGAAGCAAUAUAUGAGGGAAAUCGCAGACUGGCCCAGUUGUAAGUUCUUGUAGUAUACGGUUGGAUUGAGACCCGUCAAUUUUUUGAUUCAGUUGAAAUGGUGGUUGUAGAGAAUGAUUCUCAUUUGAUGAUGAGCUUUGUCUAUUUUUUUUUUUUUAAAAGAAUACAUAAUUCGAGCA